AGUCGGUGCUGAAGACAAGGAAAUAAAAACAUUCGGAGAAUAUAGGUUAGGAAAUAGCGAAAUGUGAGCAGGUGACGGCUGUGCUUAUAGGAUACAUACGGUGAUUAGAAAUAAGAUUUCAAGAGAUCAUCGUCUGUGCGUAUAGAAUACUCGGUGUUCUCUUUUUUCUCCUUUUCAGCAGGAAGACUGGUUUACAUUUUCCGGACUUUUCUCAUUUUCAGUUACCUGCCCAUAAUGCUUGGGGGAGGAUUUAAGGCAGAAAGACUUCGUGUCAACCUGCGUCUUGUCAUCAACAGACUAAAACUUUUGGAAAAGAAAAAAACUGAGUUAGCACAGAAGGCACGAAAAGAGAUUGCAGAUUAUCUUUCAUCAGGAAAGGAUGAGCGGGCACGGAUUCGCGUGGAACACAUUAUUAGAGAAGACUACCUGGUAGAGGCCAUGGAGAUCCUAGAACUUUACUGUGACCUUUUACUUGCACGUUUUGGCCUCAUACAGUCCAUGAAAGAGCUGGACCCUGGUUUGCAGGAAGCAGUUUCUACCCUGAUUUGGGCUGCUCCAAGACUGCAGGCUGAAGUGGCUGAACUAAAAAUUGUUUCAGAUCAGCUAUGUGCAAAGUACAGUAAAGAAUACGGAAAACUAUGUAGAUCAAAUCAGAUUGGUACUGUCAAUGAUAGGCUUAUGCACAAGCUAAGUGUUGAAGCUCCGCCAAAGAUUCUAGUAGAACGCUACCUCAUUGAGAUUGCCAAAAACUACAAUGUGCCGUAUGAGCCUGAUGCUGUAGUAAUGAGUGAGGCACCUAUGGGUGUAGAAGCUGAUCUUAUUGAUGUUGGGUUUACUGAUGAGAAGAAAGGUGGCUCAGGAGGAGGUGGAGGUGGAGGAGGAUUCACUGCUCCUGCAGGAACAGUUCCAAUGCCUAUGCCAAUGCACAUGCCCAUGCCUCCUGCUCCAUUUAGUUACCCUCCGCCCAAGGGAGCUGAUGCAUUUGGUGGCCCUGCAGUUGGCAUCUAUCAGAGUUAUAACAAUUUUCAUCCUCCAGUUCCAGGAGGCCCACCUCCACAACUUCCAAGUGUCCCACCCACUUAUGAAUCUAUUGAUGACAUCUCCACUAAUAAAUCAGUUGCACCUGCAAAAGCCACAGGCCCUGCAGUCUAUGAUAACAACGUACUCCCAGAGCUUCCUUCUGUUCCUGACACACUUCCUACUUCCUCCAUUGGUGGUAACUCCGUUCCGUCAGACGAUAUUGACUUUGAUGAUCUCUCCCGACGGUUUGAAGAGCUCAAGAAGAAAACCUAGACCAUAGAUCCCCCCCUAGCCAUUUUCACUACUACUACACUUCAUCACGAAGAGCAGUUUAUAAUAUAAACUCUGUAUAUUCUUCAGUUCUCUUGUAUCUUUAUAUAAAUCCAGUAUGGGUCAUGAAUUUUGGCAUAACUCCCUGUUGUUUGAUGAAAAAGAAAGCAAAGGUGAAUUGCAAUAAGGUCUGAGCAUUCCCUAUAACUUAAAGGGUUUUAUAUUAUUAAUAACUGAAAAUAGUAUUGUCUUUUAAAUUACAUGGUAACUAAUAGCAAAUAAUGUGGUAAUCGAUUAUUUUUUUCCUGGCCGUGUAAAAUAAAAUGUACACUAUGAUGUUUAAAAAACAGUUCUCUACUGAGACUUGUUUUUGUUAAAACAUUUGCAGAAUAACGUCACACUAAGACCAUUAAUACCUGAGGAAAAUGGUUGGCCUUAUGUACAUAAUGAGUGUGAGUCCAAAUAGGUACGUGAAGUGCAUUGCUGGAAGUACAUUUACUUACAAAGCAGUUUUAUUUUCAAUUAAAUGUAAUAUUUAUUUAGGUAUCAGAACAGCAGACUUAUCUUCUGACAUUCAUUAAAUUUCAAAAUAGUGACAAGACACUAUUUGCUAUUGAUGAAGUGGUCUUUGCAGGGUGUACACCUCUUAUUAACACUACGUCUGUAAACAAAUACAUUGACUGGUUUGUCACUUGACAAUGAGUUCUGCUUACUCCUUAAUCGAAUAAUAGUUCAAAAUAUUAUCCUCUCUUAUUGUGUUGUGUUACACAUCAGAUUUCUUAAUUACAUUUAAACUAGAAAGCAUUUUUUUCUUUGGUUAGGGAAAAGACAUUUUAGCUUUCUGAAAUAUAAACAUCUAUGUUUAUAUUUUAAUGGGUUUACUUUCCUACUUUUGCCUUUUUUUUUUUUUUUUUUGGUUCCAACACUGCAAAAUAUAAAAAGCUGUUAAUGGUUUCAAGGCUUUUUAUAUAUUUGUUUUCAAACUUAGAGCAAGCAAAUAGAUUUAUUUAAAAGUAUUUCACAGAUUUUGUGUAUAUAAUAAAAUGUAAUUCAAUAAGAGUUAAUGUUGAGCAGAAGAUUUAAAACAUUUUUUACCUGUGCUACCUACUUAUAAAUUAAAAAGGCUCACCUAUAUUUUACAUGUGAAUUUGUAUUUUUGUUUUUAAAAAAUCAAUAUUAUAAUUUUCAUGGUGCAAGCAUUCAGUCUUUUCUAAUCUGAUGUCUGCUGGAGCUUGCAGGCUGCAGCUUCUUGUCUGUUUGCAGUGAGUUUCUAAACUUUUCAGAGCAGACCAUCCAGCUGAAAAAGGGGUAUUACAGAAGAGUAGCUUUAUGUGCCCAAAAUGAUAAAAGGUAAAUUUGGUUAAAUAUUAACACAUUAUUAAAUUGGUAAUGAAUAAUAAACAUUCAGUUACCACUGUUCAAAUUCCAGUUUGUUGCAAAGGGUUUUUUAUGGUCACUACAAAGCAGAUAUUUUGUUUUAUUUAAAACCCAUGGUGAGUUCAUCAUUUGUUACACAUGUCUAUUUUACAGUGUUGCUAAUUGUACAUAUGUUUCAGAAAUGUUUUUUUAUAAAGAAGAUGGGCUGUUUCUAUCCUUA